AUGGUGAGUGAAAAGGAUGUGUUAGGGAGUGUCGAAUGGGGAAUCAAUGUUGCUGAUGGGACAAACAAUGCAUCUGUUCCAGAAUCCGAGCUAGUCGACAAGGCGUUGCUAGGGUUGAAGGGUGUGGUUGGAGGAUUGGUGCUGAAAGUUUGGAGGUUUUUAGUGAAGGCAUGGAAGUUAGGAGUUGCUGAGCCCAGAAAGGCGAUCCAUGCUCUCAAAGUAGGGUUGGCUAUUUCAGUUGUGUUGCUUUUUUACUACAUGAGGUCUUUGUAUGAAGGUGUAGGUGGGAACGCAAUGUGGGCGGUUAUGACUGUCGUGGUAGUUUUCGAAUCAACUGUUGGUGCUACACUAUACAAAAGCAUAAAUAGAGCAGCAGGAACUUUUCUUGCAGGAUCACUUGGCUUGGGUGUCCAUUGGAUUUCUUGCAAGGCAGGACAAAAUUUUGAGGCCAUAAUUAUUGGAACCUCAGUUUUCCUCCUAGCUUCGGCAGCCACCUUCUCUCGGUUCAUCCCACCUGUCAAAUCGCGAUUCGAUUAUGGUGCUCUCAUCUUCAUCCUCACCUUCACCUUAGUUUCGAUUUCCGGAUAUCGCGUGGAAGAGUUGUUCGAGUUGGCUUACGACAGACUGCUCACCGUUGGCAUUGGGACCUUCUUUUGCAUUCUAAUUAGCAUUCUCUUUUAUCCCAAUUGGGCUGGUCAGCAGCUCCACUGUGUGAUCUAUAAUAACCUGGAGAAAUUGGCUGAUUCCUUGGAUGGUAUAUAUCUCAAAUUACAAUACUUAAAUGGCCUGUUUCGGACUGCUUCUGAAAAGACAAUGAAUGGGUAUAAAUGUGUGCUCGAUUCAAAGGCAACAGAAGACAAUAUGGCUAAAUUUGCAAGAUGGGAGCCUGCACAUGGAAGUUUCAACUUCAAACAUCCAUGGAAACAGUACCUCAAGAUUGGCGCAUCGAUGCGCAGUUGUGCUUACUGCGUCGAGGCUCUCAGCGCUUGUAUGGAGUCGGAAAUUAAGGUUGGCGUUUUACUAAAGAAGCAUUUCAGCAAUGCCUGUAAGACAACAAACAAACAUUCUUCAGACAUCUUGAGAGAACUGGCGAAAACAAUUAAAACCAUGAAAAAAUCAUCUGAGAUUGACUCAUUGGUUUGGGAAAUGAACAAAGCAGUGCAGGAGCUUCAAAAAUCUUUGAAAUCUGUGCCUAUCUGGCUUGUUUUACCGACAUCAGAAGCUACCGACGAUGAUGGCAAAGGAGAGCCCAUCGUAGCACCACUGGUGGAGGUUCUUCCGGUGACCACAUUGGUGUCUUUGCUUAUUGAAAAUGCAGCAAGAAUCAGUGGAAUUGUUGAUGCAGUCAAUGAGCUUGCAGUCCAGGCAGAUAUGAAGCCUGCACCCCAAGGAAAUAAAACGCAACACCAGACCGGUGACAAGCCCUCCGCAGGAGAGAAACUCCCAUUCAACGGGAAUGUCACUGUGACAGUCCCCCAUGCCAAUUGCGCGUUGCCGUAUGGUACCUAAGAUUAUGAAGCCAAUGGAGGCCCUUCGAAAAAUCUGUGUUACAGUGUGCUGCUUCUAUUAACUUUGUAUAUGUACAGAAAACAAGUCUGUUUGAACAGUUGAUUUUGCGAUUGCGAUUUACCAAUAAUGCACAUCUAAUUUGAAACGUUCUCGAUUUGGUUGAAAU